UUUGUUGGUCUAGCCGAAUUGAAUUGAUCAUCAUUUGAAUUAAUUUGACGUAAGAUAAAUAUGAAAGUUUGACAUCGUAAUCAACUGUCAUUCAGAAAAAUGUCUGAUGUGAUUAAAGAUGCAGAGAGUAGGGUGUAGAAAGUUAACUAUAUUGGCCAGGCAAGCGCAUUGCUGGCUCGUGUCCAAGUAAGCGCCUCGUCAUGAACAAACAUGAAGCCAGCAGUAGAAGCAGCUGAGCGGUUCAGUCGUGUAGUCCCGUCCUCGGGGAUUACGAGCUCCGCUUCCUUGACCAAAUUAAAAGUGUUUGCUUUGCUAAUAUAUAUCUGUAAAAAUACAUAUAUAUGAACAGAUAUACAAGUUAUUUUUUUUUUCUUAAACUUUUUUAAAUUUUACUCUCGUCGUUUCCCAGAUCUGUCACCCGGAGUUUUUUUUUGUGUAAAAUUGGAAACGUCGUGUGUUUUUAACUGACAGACGGAAAAAACAUAUUAUAGAGAGUCGGAAGGAGAGAAGUAAGAGAACAAGUUUAAAGAAAUUUAAGAUAAAAGUUAUCUACGGAAAGAAGAAAUAAAAAAACAGACAGAGAUAGAGAAAAAGAGAGAGAGAGAGAGCAGAAGAAAGCGCGCGACGCGACCCGUUUCAAGGGGCACACAUGGCAAUCGAUAGUGGAGCAAAUCGUCGUUGCUCGCAGCGCCCAUGAAACAAGUGGUAAAGCACGUUUCGCAAGCUCCGUCGACUAGAGCGUUGAUAGUUUACUCGUGACGAAAUAAUGUUGGGCUUACGAGUGUGUGACGUGUUGUUGAGUAUAAUUCAAAAGAAGAAACCAACGAGUAUUUCUUAAAAAGAUUAUGAGGUGGCUCAGAGCCACACUGUUGACGGUGGCGGAGAGGUGCUGCGCCGACGGAUGAGAGCCAGGUGCUGAUCAGGCUGACCGCUAGUCGAUCCGUGUGGUUACCCUGAGCCGCAAUAAUAAUAAAAACAAAAUAAAACGUUCAUCUGAUGCUGAACGAUCGGAGAUACGAAGAAGACGCGGGAGUGGAUGCGGAUCGAAAUGGCAAUGGCUAUCUCCCAUACCACCACAUGUCGGGAAUCGAGGGAUUUAACUUUGACAGUGACAGAACUCUUACCUCUUCGAUGGCAGCCUCUGGAGCAGGAUCUACGGGAACAGGAACGGGAACGGGACCAGGGACAGGGACGAUCGCAGGAGGGACUGGAAUCGGUACAGGUGUCGGUUGGAGCAAAGAAGUACGUUAUGCACCAUUCACGAGUGUCAACUCGGCUGUACCAUCGGCAUUACCACCGGCACCGGCACCGCCACCGCCGCCACCACCACUUCCUCUUCCUCUUCAGAUGCAGCAACGGACUUACUCCCGAUCCAUGACCUCACUGCCCCCAGAGCCUUUUAUGAUCAUGAGAUCAAAGGCUUUGAACAGGCGUGUCUCGAUAAACGUCGGUGGCGUUAAACACGAAGUAUUAUGGCGUACUUUGGAGAGGUUACCGCACACAAGACUUGGACGUCUUCGAGACUGUAAUACCCAUGAGGCAAUUACUGAAUUAUGCGACGACUACUCACUUAUUGAUAAUGAAUAUUUUUUUGAUCGUCAUCCGAAAUCAUUCAGCUCAAUAUUAAAUUUUUAUCGUACGGGUAAACUCCAUCUCGUUGACGAGAUGUGUGUAUUGGCGUUUAGCGACGAUCUUGAAUAUUGGGGUGUCGAUGAAUUAUAUUUAGAGAGUUGUUGUCAGCACAAAUACCAUCAGAGAAAAGAACAUGUACACGAGGAGAUGAGGAAGGAGGCUGAGUCGUUGCGGCAAAGGGAGGAGGAGGAAUUCGGGGACGGCAAAUGUGCGCAAUACCAAAAGUGGCUGUGGGACUUGCUCGAGAAACCGACCACGUCCAUCGCUGCCAGGGUGAUAGCUGUGAUAUCAAUUCUGUUUAUUGUGCUAUCGACGAUUGCACUGACACUCAACACCAUUCCUAGUAUGCAAGUAAACGAUGAGAAGGGUAACUUUCAAGAUAAUCCACAACUAGCGAUGGUCGAAGCGGUAUGCAUUACGUGGUUUACGCUAGAAUACGUGCUUAGAUUUAGUGCAUCGCCAGACAAAUGGAAAUUCUUCAAAGGCGGUUUGAAUGUAAUAGACUUACUAGCAAUAUUACCGUACUUUGUGUCGCUGUUUCUCGUUGAGACAAAUAAAAAUGCAAAUGAUCAGUUCCAAGAUGUCAGACGUGUUGUACAGAUAUUUCGUAUAAUGCGUAUUUUGAGAAUAUUAAAAUUAGCACGUCAUUCAACGGGGUUACAAAGUCUUGGUUUUACUUUGCGAAAUUCGUACAAAGAACUCGGGCUACUUAUGCUCUUUCUCGCAAUGGGUGUACUCAUAUUCUCGAGCCUUGCAUACUUCGCGGAGAAAGAAGAGCCCGGGACCAAAUUUAUAAGCAUUCCGGAGACGUUUUGGUGGGCUGGAAUCACCAUGACGACCGUAGGUUACGGAGACAUUUAUCCUACGACUCCUCUUGGCAAAGUGAUUGGCAGUGUAUGUUGUAUAUGUGGUGUCCUGGUAAUUGCGUUGCCUAUUCCCAUUAUUGUCAAUAAUUUUGCUGAGUUUUAUAAAAAUCAGAUGAGACGUGAAAAAGCGUUAAAACGUCGUGAGGCAUUGGAACGUGCUAAGCGUGAAGGCAGUAUUGUAUCAUUCCAUCAUAUCAAUUUGAGGGAUGCGUUCGCCAAGAGUAUGGAUCUCAUUGACGUCAUCGUCGACACUGGCCACAAUAUGUCAGGUGCAGACGGUAACAGCGAAGACGGGGAAUCGACGUGCGAACGUGGACCAGCACAGACAGGAGCCGGUUGCUAUCGUAAUUACGAGCACUCCAGUAGUAUACCACGACAUCGCAGAAGUGCCUCUUCAUCAUUCCCACAAGUUACUAAUGAUAUACCUACUACUCCAGACAGUCCUAAUCGUCGACUUCUUGACUUUGCGCAAAAUAUACCGGCCUCUCAGAACGACGAUUACUACCACGAUGAAAUGCUCGCUCAACACUCGAAUCAAGGCAAUACUACACCUAGCGAUGAAGAUAAAAAAGACAGCAGAAAAUCCGAGAAAUUUGAUGAAUUCCCUAGUGAAUUUGAAUGUUGCUUUUGUACUACAAAGGAAUACAAAGAUUAUAGAGACGCUGAAGAUAUAAUGCCCCUUGCGACAAGUGAUUUUCGUAAUCCUGUAUGCCAAGAAAUGCGUUCGCUGAGAGAAAGUAGUGUUGAUACGAGUGCAUUUGGUGAUUUAUUCUCAUACUCAUAUUCAUCACCGCUGAGACAAAUAACAGCAAUUGCUGCGUCAUCAGCACCAGUAGCAGCUAUUGCUGCACCAGUAUCCGAGCCAGUGAGCACCCCGGCGACGGCUUAUCCGUCAAAAUCAUCGUAUAAUGAACGUGGUAGCGUUGAUAGUUCUGAGACCUACGCAACUUGUCAAACUCAUCCAUUUAACUCCCAAGAAUUGCUUGGUGAUGGUGAUGGAUCCAACGAAGCUGACAGUAAUCUAUACAUAAAUCCACUGGAAGGCGCGGCUGACAACAAGUGCCGCGAAAUAAAUAACGACAAAUCACCUAUCGUAGAUCACCAGUCCACACUAUUUUCGCCGACAUCUACUAAUACGAAUGCUAGUGAAUUUUCAAAGAGCGUUCAAGUUCAACAUGACUCCAUUAAGGCCAGUGUCAACACCGAUACUUUGCCAAAACAUCGAAAAACUCGUGUCGCUAAGAGUGCAUCAGGACGUAGACCCACAAUAAUUGAUCAAGAUAGUAAAAGUAACACAACGAAAUCACCUGAUGGCCUGGAAGACAACAAUAAUUCUUAUGUAGGACUUCGUGGUGGUCGCGCUACUGUGCCUGGCAAUACAUCAAACACAUCACUGACGAGUCUCGCGUCUGCAUCACGACUGAUAAGCCAACAACUAGUCGGGAAUACAACCGGUAGUACUAAGCAAUAUGGCACAGCAGGUGGAAACAAACUGUCACUAUCAGUCGAUUCAAUAGACAGUGAAUCAAUGAUGUCGUAUAUAACAAAUCGGCAUCAUCGCGCCAAAUCUAUACUUAAAAAAUCCGAAAGUACACGAAAUGCAUAUUACAACAACGGAAACGAAUUGGACGGUGAUACUGAAAAAUUAAUAAUGGAUAAUGCGAGUCCAAAUAUGAAUACAGUUCGGAUACGUCAGACGCCUUCGUUUUUUUCCAGCCAAGUCCUGGGUUCAUUAUUACGUACAAAUAACAAUAAUAAUAAUAACAACAACAACAACAACAACAACAAAAAUUCAGCUAAAUUAUUAAGUCCUUCGUCAGAUGAACGUACCACAAAACGUAGUCAAUUAAAAUCAAUAAUGUCUAUUGAUAACAAUAGAAAUAAAAGUAAAGAGCAGACGACGACAAUCGAUGUGAAUAAUCAAGAUUUAAAUUCACGCGCCACACAAACAAUUAAUGACAAUCAAUCAGUACAACAACAACAACAACAACAACCACAACAACAAAUUACACGUCCUAUAAAAAUUCCGAAAAAAUCAAGACGUAAUGUCAUUAAUGAGAGGAAAAAAGCAUCGAGUGCUGGUGAAAGUUCAACUGACAGCAGCUCGCAUCGUCUUCCUCACGAUUCGCAUCGACGUCUCUCAUAAAAUUUUAUCUAAUAUUUUAAUUAAUUAAUUAUUAUUUAAACAAAUAAUUAAUUAACAAAUCAAUCAAUCUAGUUUCCCUGAUAAAUAUAUCGUAGCUGGAUGUUUUAGCUUAGCAAUAAACUGUUUUAAAUCCUUGAUAUAGUUUAUGAAAAUUAUAACAAUAUAUAAAUAUAUAAAUUAUUUUUUGUUAUUGUUAUUAUUGUUGUUAAUAAGUUGUUAUUUAUUGUCAACAUUCGCACAAUAAUUUAAAUAAUACGGAGAAAAAUAAUUUGCAGUUUAAAAUUUAAAAUAAUUAACUAUCAUCUAUAUAAUUUUAUUUUAACUAUCGCUGUAUAAAUUGUACAAAGAUAAUUGAUAAUUAGUUGGUAUAGAUUUUAAAAAUUUCAAAAGUCUAAUGCAUAUGUAAACUCAUGAGCUUGAGAUAUUUUAAAUAUGAAAUAAUAGAUUAAUUUAAAAUUAUAUCGCAUCGCUAAUUCCAAAAGGACAUAUUUUUAUACGCCCUUUUGGCUUUAGGAAAUUGUCUAAUUUUAGUUUCUUUACUAAUCGUUUUGUAGACUUAUUUUAUAGCUUAAAUUUGAAACAAAAAUUUUGAAAGUUCAAGGGGCAUAUGCUUAUAUUAUACGCCCUUUUGGCUUUCAAAAAUUUUUUUUCCAAUUUUUAACCUUAGAAUAAGUCUACAAUAUGAUUAGCAAUUAAAAAAAAAAUUAUACACUCUUUUGGUUUUAAACUUAGUGACAAAAAUCGAAUGGGUGUAUAAAAAUGAGGGGUGUGCGAUUCGAAUCAAAUAAUUAAAAUUUCUGAAUUAUUCGAAAAAUUACGAAUAAUACACGGAGAGAAAUUUAUGGUAACGAUUCCUAGUACGUUUAUGAAAUAUCAUCCCAUACCGUUAGGGUAAUGAUUACUUGGAAUUAUGAGAUACAGGUCCAUAAUUUCUGGGAAAAGUUCCCUUAAGUAUGGGAACAAUUCCCGUCAUUAUGGUAACAUUUCCAAUAUCGCAUGUGAAAAAAUUAUGGUAAUGAUUACCAUAAUAUUAUGUUUAUGGUUACUAUAAUGUUAUGGUAAAUGUUACUAUAAUAUUAUGGUAACGAUUACUAUAAUAUAUAUGGGUGUCGUUCCUAUAAUCGACAUUUCAAAAAAACCGGUUACCAUGCAUUAUGGGAACCAUUCCCAUAAUAUAUUGUAAUUGUUACCAUAAAUUUCUCUCCGUGUAUGAAAAGUUUCAAAUUACUCGAACAGUUACGAAUAAUUCGAAAACUUAUGAAUAAUUUAAAAAAUUUGAAUUGUUCGAUUCGAAAUUCAAAUCGAAUAGUUCGUAAGUUCGACAAUUCGCACACCCCUAAUAAAAGUAUGUCUUUUUGGAAUUAGUGACGCGACAUUAUAUAGAUCAUUUUUUUUACAUAUUUUACGUUUAUUUAUUUAAUGAGUAGAAUUAAUAAAAACUGUGAAUAAUUUUUUUUUUUUUUUUUGACAGUACAUUUAUAAAAUUUUUUUUGUAAAUAUAUUUUUCUCCGUGUAAUCGAGUUAUACAAUAGAGACAACGCACAUUUGUUGAAUUUAAAAAAUAUAUAAACAGCAAUA